GCCGCCGAUGCCGGGGUGACGCUGGUGGGGCUGGUGGGCCCCCGCUUUGCCGCUGGUGGGCCAACUGGUGGCGGGGGGGCGGCGAUGGAGGCGGCCCCCCCCACCCCGCAACCACUAGCACCCCUCCCACCGCCUCCCCCCCCCCACCCCCGGCUGCAGCGGGGGCAGCUGCAGUGCAAGAACCUGCACGAGUUCCUGCGGGGGCUCAGCCCCCCCGUCCUCGACCGCCUCUACGGGCACCCCGCCACCUGCCUGGCCGUCUUCCGGGAGCUGCCGGGGCUGGCGCAGGUGGGGGUGAUGCGGAUGCUGUUCCUGGAGCAGCCCCUGCCCCAGGCCGCCGUCGCCCUCUGGGUCAAGAAGGAGCACAGCAAGGAGCAGGCGGAGAGCCGGGAGGUGCUGCUGGCGCUGCGGCUGUGGCACCCCCACACCCUGCCGGGGGGGCUGCCGGGGGUGGGCCUGCACCCCAACUUCCGCCACAACCUGCGGGUGGCCCUGCUGGGGGGGGGCAAGGCAUGGUCGGACGACACGAGCCAACUGGGACCCGACAAACACGCCCGGGACGUGCCGGCGCUGGACAAAUACGCCGAGGAACGCUGGGAGGUGAUUCUGCACUUUAUGGUGGGCUCCCCCAGCGCCGCCGUCAGUCAGGAUCUGGCCCAGCUGCUCGUUCAAGCUGGGCUUAUGAAAAGCGAGGGGGGGGAGGCGCCCUGCAUCACCUCGGCCGGUUUCCAGUUCCUCUUACUGGACACCCCAGCGCAGCUCUGGUAUUUCGUCCUCCAGUACCUGCGGGGGGCGGAGGCGCGGGGCAUGGACCUGGUGGAGAUUCUCUCCUUCCUGUUCCAGCUCAGCUUCUCCACCCUGGGCAAGGAUUACUCCGUGGAGGGCAUGAGCGAGUCCCUGCUGACCUUCCUGCAGCACCUGCGCGAGUUCGGGCUGGUCUUCCAGAGAAAGCGCAAGUCCCGCCGCUUCUACCCCACGCGCCUGGCCAUCGCCCUGGCCUCGGGGACGUCGGGGGCCCCCCCCGAGCCUGACGCUCACGGCUUCGUCAUCGUCGAGACCAACUACCGCAUCUACGCCUACACAGACUCGGAGCUGCAGAUCGCCCUCAUCGCCCUCUUCUCCGAGCUCCUCUAUCGCUUCCCCAACCUGGUGGUGGCCCAGGUGACAAGGGACAGCGUGCAGGCGGCCAUCGCCAACGGCAUCACCGCCGACCAGAUCAUCCACUUCCUCCGCACCCGAGCGCACCCCGUCAUGGCCAAGCAGACGCCGGUGCUGCCCCCCACCAUCACCGACCAGAUCCGCCUCUGGGAGCUGGAGCGGGACCGGCUGCGCUUCUCCGAGGGGGUCCUGUACAACCAGUUCCUGUCGCAAGUGGAUUUCGAGGUGCUGCGGGACCACGCGCGGGCGCUGGGGGUGCUGGUCUUCGAGAACCCCGGCCGGCGGCUGAUGGUGGUCACCCCCGGGGGACACCCCGACGUCAAGCGCUUCUGGAAGAGGCAGAAACACAGCGCUUGAGGCUGGGGGACCCCCCCGGGGUGGGGGGGGCCACCCCGACCCCCCAUUCCCCCCCCAGGGCGAGGGCAGGGGGCCCUCGGGGUGCCCCGAUUGCGGGGUGAUGGAGCACACACCCCCCACCCUUUUCCCGGUGACUUGACCCCCAGGUGGCCCCCCCGAUCCCUCGGUGUUGGGGUACCCUCGGGGCCUGAGCACCCUGGUUCCACAUACCCCCCUUCUGGGCACCCCCAUCUUUUGGGGCUGGGGCACCCCAAUCCUGGGCACCCCGAUCCCUCGGGGCCCAGGGACCCCUAUCUUUGGCACCCCCAACCCCUCAAGGCUCAGGGACCCCCAUCUUUUGGGGCCCGGGCGCCCCAAUUCAUUGGGCCCAGGGACCCCCAUCUUUGGCACCCCAAUCCCUCAAGGGCCCAGGGACCCCCAUCUUUUGGGGCCCGGGCACCUCAAUCCUGGGCACCCCAGUCCCUCAGGACCCAGGGACCCCAAUUUCUAGGGGCCUGGGCACCCCAAUCCUGAGCACCCCGAUUCCUUGCGCCCAGGGACCCCCAUCUUUUGGGGCCCGGGCACCCCAAUUUUGGGCACCCCAAUCCCUCAGGGCCCAGGGACCCCCAUCUUUGGCACCCCCAACCCCUCAAGGCCCAGGGACCCCCAUCUUUUGGGGCCCGGGCACCCCAAUCCUGGGCACCCCAGUCCCUCAGGACCCAGGGACCCCAAUUUCUAGGGGCCUGGGCACCCCAAUCCUGAGCACCCCAAUUCCUUGGGACCCCAAUUUCUAGGGGCCUGGGCACCCCAAUCCUGGGCACCCCGAUUCCUCAGGGCCCAGGGACCCCCAUCUUUGGCACCCCAAUCCCUCAAAGGCCCAGGGACCCCCAUCUUUUGGGGCCUCGGCACCCCAAUCCCUCGGGGCCCAGGGACCCCCAUCUUUGGCACCCCCAACCCCUCAAAGGCCCAGGGACCCCCAUCUUUUGGGGCUGGGGCACCCUAAUUCUGGGCACCCCAAUUCCUUGGGCCCAGGGACCCCAAUUUCUAGGGGUCCGGGCACCCCAAUUCUGGGCACCCCAAUCCCUUGGGGUCUGGGCCCCCCAAAUCCCAGGAAGUCGGGGGUUCUGAGGAGACAAAAACCCAGAACCUCGGGGGUUCUGAGCGGAAAAAAGGAGCUUUUGGUAAAAAGUGGGAGGUCUGAGAAAAAAAAAUUAGGGGGGAGGGGGUCGACGGAGAAAAAGG